CAUUUCGUUCGCGAAAGUUUCACGCUGCAUUAGUCACAAGGUUAAUAAAUUCACACUUUACAGUAUCGGCAUUUGAGUAGGUAAAUCAAUGGAGUUCCACCGUUUUUCAUAAGUGUUGCUAAUAAGAGUAAUCUUAGAUUCUAGUUAGCUUGUUAGUCUGUUUUGAUUUAAGCUUGCGGAUACAUUAGCCAAGGCUGGUUACCGAACAAGUAAAAAUUGAAUCUCAAAUAAUCUCACGCUCUUUCUAAUUAAACAUUUCAUGAGAUUUUACUCUUUGAUUACUGUUUUAACCAAAAUUUUAACCAUUUAAGUUAGUCAAAAUCUUCUUGCUUGUCUAAAUUUGUGAAAAACCUUAGUCCGUCAGAUGGCAACCAUUUGUAAAUACAACUUGAGUGGAUACUAGAGACUUGUAGAUCCUUAAAAAUUGUUUUAUUUUUCCUAAUUUUCUAUGUGCUUUAACCUCAACGAAACUAACAUGGAUGAAGAGAAUCAAGAUUGCGAUGUUCAAUUGAAAAUUGUUGUGAGGAAAAAUGAAUAUUAUGUCUCCAAAAAGUUCAUUUGUUCAUCUGUGCCGUACUUUGAGAAAAUGUUUUGUGGUGAUUUGUUGGAAUCAACGGAAAACAAAGUGGAGCUGGAUUUUGAUGAACAUGUCUUCGAUUCUAUCCUCAAUUGGAUUCAUACUGGAUCGUUCUUAGUGCAAAUGGAGGAUGUAAUUGCUCUUUACGAAGCAGCUGAUUAUUUGAUGAUUGAUGAACGUUUGUUUGAACCAUGCAUGGAUUAUUUCCACAAUAAUUUUACCAUUGAACAUCUUCCAAUUGUUUUAUCUCAAGUCAAAAAAGCUUCCAAAUUGAUAAAUGCAGAAGCUAUUGAUUACUUCAUCUGCCGCCAUUUUUUAAAAAUUAUCAACACUGAUGUUUUCUUGGAUUAUCCAGUUGCAACAAUCGAACAUAUUCUCAAAUUAGAUUUAAUGGUUUACUCGGAAUAUCAAGUUUUUGAAUCAAUCAUGAAAUGGGUGAAUAAGAAUGCAGAUUUUAGAAAAGGAUUACUUCCUCAACUAUUGAAUUGUGUGCGUUGGUUUUUCAUGGAUCCUGUUGAGUUAUCAAAGGUUAAAGAUAAUGAAUUAAUAAAGACUCUCAGAGAUUUUAAUUCAAUUAUCUCCUCUAAGGGUGAUUGUCGAUCCAAUCGAACUAAACAAACCUUCCGAAUUUCAAUUCAUCGCAUAGAUGAUUUAAAGUUGCUGAUAAAUGUGUACGAUGAUGACUUUUUUUGUUUGCCGAUUGGUGAUUUUACUCAAGACGAUUCAAUGUCUCUUGAAUUUGUACAUAGAGAACACAUUUCGGAUAUUUUAUUUGAUACUGGAAGACAGGGUAUUCGAAUUGAUUGGAUCAAAAAGACAUUUCGAUGGCUUGACUUCAAAGUUGCUGGUAAAACCUACUAUACCCAAUUGUCCAAAACAAUUGUCCAGUUUCUGAAGCCUUCUAGCUCGCUUAUUUGUCAUUUGGAGGAAAAAGAUACGACGCUAUUUGACCAAUUUAACAAUGACGAGGCUGCGUUAUUUGAAUCUGUUGACAGCUACAUCGUGAUUGGUAAGACCAAAGAUUAUCGAAAGCUGUUUGGUCUUUUCCCAGUUCUUCAUCGAAGUUGGUUCAAACAUUUUAAAGAUAAUAAGCAUACUUUCCAUGCCACUGUUUUGGACAAGGUUGUUUAUAUUCUGACGGAGAAUCUCGAAUUCAUUCAAUUCAAUUACGAAACGCGAAGCUGCAAUAAGAGUAAUCCUUUCGAAGGCAAACAUUUAUAUUUUCGUUAUUUGCUCUUAACUUCUCAUCAAGCAAAGGAUAAUAAAGUAAUUUUGGUGGAUAAAUCGACCGGAAAAAUUCAUAUUUUCUGUAUUAAUAAGCAGCAAUGGAUUGAAAGAUAUGAAAUGAUGAAUAUAAAGUUUUGUCCCGACAGCUCCAAUAACUGUUCUUAUAAACUGAUUGCCUUCACCUCAACGUUUUUACAGAUGAAAAAUAUCAAACCUUUGUAUAAAAGAAAGUUUUGUUAACUUUGAACUUCAUGUGCCUUAUUCAUCCAACUUUUUUAAGAAUUUUUAAGAAUUAUUUGCAGAAACUGCAAUCAAUUUAUCAA